CUUUCUCACACGCAGCAAGCGCCGAACUUCGCUGUCCUCUCUCAGGGCGGUGCAACCAAGGGUCCCGGAGUACGUCUUCCUAUCUUUUUUGUUCCUCUUCACUCGACCAGCAUCUCGCAUUCUGCUUCUCCAACCUCCAACCAGCCCUUCUCGCAAAGUAAAGAGAGAAGUGUGAAAUGCAGUCUCAAACAGACCAGCGCACGGCCGUAGCCGAGCUGGCCCAGAAGCUCUUGAGCCGCGAUGCCGUCGAGUUCAAUUCGGCCAUCAACCAGACCUUUGCCGCCCGUGCCCAGUACACUGGCCACGGGCUCAAGAUCUCGGGCGCAUCGAACCUCAAGCAUGCCGCCUGGCUCUUUAACUUUGUCGACAGCGGACAGGCUGCCGUGAUUGAGGACGUCAAGUGGCACGAGCACAGCUCGACGGCAGAAGUGACGUCCUACCGCUUCCUCUGCCCGCGCGUCUUCCCCCUCUUCUCGCUCGCGUUCAAGGUCAAGACCCAGCUGCGCUUCCAUGCCGAGGGAACAGCGACACCCACGCCCGGACAGGUGCAUGGCCCGGUGGCACGAGCGCCGCGCAAGACAGACGAGGUCCACUAUGUCACCUCGUUCCAUGACGACUGGGUCGCCGAGCAGCUUAUCCACCGCUUUGGUUUCAUCAAGUUCUUCUUCGACUACCUCUUCACCCCCGUCGUCACCUGGCUCGUCCUCUUCUUCUCCAACAUCGCCUUUGACGUGCACGCGCGCGUCGCCUCGUCACACAGGCACUACGUCGAGCCCUCGGUGCGCAAGCUGGCCACCGAGCACCUGCCCUCGGACGUGACGCGCAACCUCGACAGCGGCUUCCGGCGCGGCCGCAAGCUCGCAAAGGGCUCCGGCGCCCGCCUCUUUGAUCUCGUCGACACCCUCGCCUACUUUCCCCUCACCGCUGUUGAGUCCCUCGCCCAGUUUGGCUUCCACGCUGCCGGUCACGUCUCGCCGGUUCCGCUGCCCACGCCCUUUGUCUACUAUGGCCAUGUCGAGCACGCAUUCAGGCCCAUGAAGAUCAACUCGGCCUCGCAGCGCGUCGAGCAGAUGAACCGCUCCCUGCACCCCAAGCAGAAGCAGGAGACGAAGCAGCCAGAAAAAGCUGAGCCCAAGGUCAACGGCGGCGGCGCAGAAGACGACAACGGUGUGAAGCCCGCCCAGAUCCAGGUCGGUUCCAACAUCAAGACUGCUGGCGGCGGCGGUGGCGUCGGCGGUGACGACGAGGGCGUCCCGCAGGCCAAGACGGUCGACAUUGCGUCGCGCAUCAACAACGAGGCAGAGGAGAAGCCGGCGCCUGCCGAGGAGAAGCCAAAGGACUCGCUCUACGACCAGCUCCGCAAGGACGGCAUCGUCGGGCCGGGCGCGCCGCCGAUGCAGCGAAACGAGAGCGAGGAGUCGACGAGCGACGACGCCGCCCAGGCAGGCACCAAUGGCUCGCAGCCAAAGUCGGGCUCGGCCAAGAAGAGCAGCAGCGGCAAGAAGAAGAGCAAGAAGAACAAGGGCGCAAAGGCCGACGACCAUGCGCCCCCUCCCAGUUUCAAGCAGGGCUUGGAAGACGCCCAGGGCGCAAAGUAGACGAUGCUGGCCAAGGGCGGAUAGGUUUUGAACGUAUUGUGUGACGGAGAGCAAAAGGAAAUGGUUUAUAGGCAAAAUAGCGAAUGACCAGUCGGUCUUUCUUUGGGCUUCACGAGGGUUCUCAUUCGAUUAGGAGAUGCUUCUGUUCUACACUGUAUCUAUCACGAAUUCUUGAUUUCGCAUCUUCAUCGCCAUUGACGACAUCUAUCUAUCAUGACUUUAUUUCGCAGCCUCAUUAUUGUCGUUGUCGCUUGGCAGCCCCAGUGAUGCAAACGCAGAAAUUGAAGAAC